CCUGGGCAGGUGAAGCAACUUGGCAGAACAAUCCAUGUGUGAUGUGUUCAGUAGCACAAAUCCUCCCCACCUUCCAAAGUUGUGAGCGUGAGGACUAGACCCCUGCGUGGAAAGGUAAAUGUGUCCAUGAAACAAGAUGGAGAGAAGAUAGUAUAGUGAAGCGGUGGAGUUGUGGACAGAAUGGCUUUCCUGGACAACCCAACGAUUAUACUUGCUCAUAUUCGACAGUCACACGUGACCAGUGAUGACACAGGGAUGUGUGAAAUGGUCCUGAUAGAUCACGAUGUCGACCUGGAGAAGUUUAAUCCCUCGUCAGCAUAUGGGGACAGUGGUUCAGAAACACAGGGAAGCAAUGGUGAGACUCAGGGCUAUGUAUAUUCCCAAUCAGUCGAUAUUACCUCAAGCUGGGACUUUGGAAUCAGAAGACGAUCAAACACAGCUCAGAGACUAGAACGUCUGCGGAAAGAGAGACAAAAUCAAAUAAAAUGCAAAAAUGUUCAGUGGAAAGACAGAAAUACUUCUUACUCAGCAGAGGAGCUGAGCUCACUAUUUGAAAAAAAGAAUUUCAGAGUAAAGUCUCCGUGUUCUGGGAAGCAGUCAAUCCUGUCUGUGCGACUCGAACAGUGUCCGCUGCAGCUGAACAACCCCUUCAACGAGUACUCAAAGUUUGACGGCAAGGGUCAUGUUGGUACAACGGCAACCAAAAAAAUUGAUGUCUACCUCCCACUGCACACAAGCCAAGACAAACUGCAGCCCAUGACAGUUGUGACGAUAGCAAAUGCCAAGGUGCAUGACCUGAUUGGACUAAUAUGCUGGCAAUAUACAAGUGAGGGACGGGAACCAAAACUGAACGACAACGUCAAUGCCUACUGUCUCCAUAUUGCUGAGGAUGACGGUGAGGUUGACACGGAUUUUCCACCCUUGGAUUCCAAUGAGCCCAUUCACAAGUUUGGCUUCAGCACUCUGGCGCUGGUUGAGAAGUACUCGUCCCCCGGCCUGGCCGCCAAGCAGUCGCUCUUUGUUCGCAUAAAUGCUGCUCAUGGAUUCUCACUUAUUCAGGUGGACAGUAUGAAGGUCACCAUGAAGGAUAUCUUACAAAAGGCCUUAAAGAGAAGGAAGGGAUCACAGAGAGGCUCAGGUCCUCAGUAUCGGCUGGAGAAGCAGAGUGAACCUAAUGUCCCAGUAGAUUUAGACUGUACCUUGGAGAGCCAGAGCACUUUGGAAUUCUGCCUUGUCCGGGAGAACAGUUCAAGAGGAGAAGAGGUCUCGGAGGAGGACCCUCAGAUCGAUAUAGCCACCGUUCAGGACAUGCUCAGUAGCCACCAUUACAAGUCCUUCAAAGUCAGCAUGAUCCAUAGGCUUCGAUUCACCACUGAUGUUCAGUUAGGUAUUUCUGGAGACAAGGUAGAGAUAGACCCUGUUACUAAUCAGAAGGCCAGCACUAAGUUUUGGAUUAAGCAGAAACCCAUUUCAAUCGAUUCUGAACUCCUCUGUGCCUGUGACCUUGCGGAAGAAAAAAGCCCAAGUCAUGCAAUAUUUAAACUUACAUAUCUAAGCAAUCAUGACUACAAACACCUUUACUUUGAAUCAGAUGCUGCUACUGUCAAUGAAAUUGUACUGAAGGUUAACUAUAUUCUAGAGUCGCGAGCAAGCACAGCCAGAGCAGAUUAUUUUGCUCAGAAACAAAGAAAACUGAACAGGAGAACAAGCUUUAGCUUCCAGAAGGAGAAGAAAUCGGGACAGCAGUGACGCGGAGCGGCGAGGAGAGCCUGUCUGCCGAGUUCGGGGGAGGAGACGCUCCCACCGCCCGAGUCAGGUGGGAGCCAGGACUGGGGGGGCUCCUGCUGCCACAGGCAGGAGCAGCCGGGGAAGAAAUCUGAAUUAUCCCGUCUCUCGUGGUUGGAAGAUUAUCCCUCGUUGGUGAUGGGAAAUCUCCCCUGUGAUAAAAAUAAAGAGCCAUAUCAGCUGGAAAGAAGACUGUUACGCUUCAGGUUCCUUUGAUUAGAAAUAAGAGAAUGACGUAGACUGGCAUCAUUUAAUUACUGUAUUAUGUACAAUCACAAGAAGAGAUGUGAUUAAGUAUUAUUUCACAGCCUGGUUAAAAUAAAUUAUAUACAUCUGUAAUACGCCCACGUACACACAGGUAUUGCUUGUGACAUGAUCAAAUUUCUAAAAAACAAAAUGUAGGACAAAUGUAUCCAUUUUUAUUAUUAAUAAACAGAUGUAAUCUUUUUCGAGGUC